UUAUGCCUGUGACAUGUGCAUUUCCAGUCAUAUAGGCUAGAAGAUUCUGAGCUUGUGACCGUGACACGCAAACACCUACAAUGUGAAAUCUGUAGAGAAUUCCUAUUAUUGUAUAGUAAAUAGCAAGAAACAAAAAAUGGACACUCAAUUAUUUUCCCCAUUAUUAGGAGCAAUUACUAGUACGCCACCUCCGCUAGAAUCUUCCCGUCUGUAUAGUGACUGGUCAGCAUGUGGAGAGGAUAUGAGCUCAAAAUCUUCUUUUCAAGACUGCACAAAGAAACGGGCACCAAUAAAUCUAUCUUAUUCUGGCAAUGGCCCUGAUAUGUUUGGACUAGUGUCAAGCAUUUUAGAGGAGCCAAGCAAGCCAGAACCAGUCACAGACUGGAAUUCUCUUUCAAGAUUGUUUCCACCUAUGUGGGCACCUGAUCUUGGAAGCAAUGGUGAAUUCUCAGGGCUCUCGUCUAAGCACUCUGUUGAAAGUAAGGAUUUUUCAAACCUGAUGGGCACACAGAACUACUAUCAGGAACACUUGCAAAAGUCUCAUGAUGUGGAGGUGUUACACAGAGGUUUGGAAGAUCUUCAUUUCGUAGAGUCUUGGUUUUCUCCCUCUGGCCCUUGCACUCAGCCUGAUAAUACCCUGAAGAACAGUUAUCCUGAAAAUUCCUCUUUGCAAAAUAAUAACACAGUUCACCAAGAAGGGUUUUCAUUUCAAAAUGUAGACUAUAAUCAGCAUUUGUGCAGUUAUGACCACAUGAGGUUAAAUGGAGACUACGAAAAAAUCGGUUCCAAUUUUAGCACUUUUUCUUCUCAGAACAGACUGAAAGAAGGAGCUAGCAUUCAGAAGGAGUACUGGAAAACUGAAAGAACAAGAGGCAAAGUUAUGAAAAAUGAUGCUCAAGAACAAACUAAGUAUUCCCCCGAUCUUUCCAAUCAGCCUGUUGAUGACUCUUGGGAUAAAGUGUCCCAGGAAAACCACUUGUUCUCAAAGAGAUAUGAAAACUUCACAGCUGCUCAUAAAUUGCAGUCAUCUGUUCAUCCAUCACUAUAUUUUUUCAAUCAACCCCCUAAAGAAAAUAAUUUUUCUGGAGGGACAAACAGAAAACCACAGGAAAACCAUGUGCAAAAUGGUCAUCAUAGCUUUACUGUGGGGGAUGCUUUUAAUAAUAAUGAGUGCAAGAUCCAUCUUAGUCCUAAAGAAUGCUCUCAUAAAGUUCCUGAAUAUGAUUUAUCUGUAAAAAAUGUUAUGCAGAAUGGGAGUUACUCAUCAUACCAUGGCCGUACAUGGCUGGAUGGGAAAAUUCCAAGUCCAACAGCUGCCUCGGAUAUCACGUAUGGAAAGCAAGUGGUAACAAGUCCGCAGUCAUCUUCAGGGGUUUCAACCAUGUCUGGUGGUUCUCCCACCCAUCAGUCCUCCUAUUACUCGCAGAUCUCGCCUGUCCUCCCUUCAAGGAAAGAUGGAAGGUUACAAAUACCAAAUGGUGUUUCUAAUAAUUUGGGAGUUUCUAAUUUCAUCUCAGAAAAUCAGAAGCAAAUGAAACCCAUUGGACGAUCACAGCAUGAUUCAUUGACUAAUAAGGAGGGGCAAUACCGUAAAUUCCCCAUUAAUUUUUCUUCUGACUGGUUAACACAGCAGAAUGCUGUAAGCGAAGACCCUGAAAAAUACCACAGAUUUCCAAAAAAGCAGACCCAAGAAAAUAGUAAUAAAGACAAUAGAAGGGGCAGAGGGAAUUGGAUACCUCAUUUUGGGUAUACAGCCCCAAACCGUCAGCAGUUCAAUAUGUUCCGAAAAAAGCAUGAGCAGAAUGGUGGUAACAUGUCAGAUUUCAUUAAUCCUUCUUUUCUUCCUUCUUUCCCGUUAAUGUCUGAUUUCAAGCAAAAUCCCAGCUUUCCUCCAUUUAAUCGCCAUCUGUUUUCAUCAGCAAAUAAUUUCAGUUUUCCUCCGUCACCAUUUCCGUUCUCAGACCUUGUUGAUCUUUUUCAUUAUGAUGACUUCAACCACUUGAAUCCCUUCAUCAACGAUCUGUUUUGCGGGGAAAUAGCUGCACCGUAUUUUGCCUUUCCAACACCAUUGAACAAGUACAGACCUCCAAGAAAUCGCAGUGGACCUGCUAAUGAGCUUCAUAUCCGACUGGAGGAGUGUUAUGAGCAGUGGAGAGCUUUGGAGAAAGAGAGAAAGAAGACUGAGGCUGACCUUGCAAGAAACUUCCCAGGAAAGCGCAUAUCUAGCUCAAAUAACACUCCUGUCUCCCGACUUCCUGCUAACCCAUCAAGGGUUGAUCGUUUGAUUGUCGACCAGCUACGAGAACAAGCCAGGGUGCUCACAUUAGUAGGAAAAAUGGAAAGGCUUCGUGGGACCCCUGUACACGGUAACAUAUCCACCACAUUGGAACGCCAUAUGGAAGCCAUCCACCUAACACAGGCGAGGCGUAAGGACGAGAUUAUUAAUGCUGCUAAUCCACAGAGACAAGGAGCACCGCGUUAUAAUAACGAGAAAGAUGUUCUGGCUCUGGCAGCUGCCAUUAGGGAGUUGGCUGCUUCCACACGCAAGGCUCGUACUGCUUUAUGGUGUGCGUUACAGAUGGCUUUGCCAAAAAACUUUUCAAGCGGUCUGGUAAAACAAGAAGUUGUUGAAAAGGCAUUGCAAGAGCUUUGUCCUCCAAACACAAGCACACAAGAAAAAAGCAGCAUGGAGCAUGAAAACAAAGGAAGCAGAAAAGAAAAACCUGAGGAACUCGUGAGGGUUCUGGAAUAAUAGCAAAUAACAACGACGACGACGACAAAAGGGAGGCAGAAGGCUGAGGACUGGGAGGGCAGGGCGAAGCGCCCCGCGUGGUACCAUGGAAGGUGUUUUGGAUCACUUAUCAAAAAGCAAAAGGGUUAAUAUAACUGAUCAGUGCUGCAAUUCUAUUACUGUGAUUCUGGUGUUGAGAGACACAUCUUGUAAUAGUGUUAAUGCAAUUUUAAUAUUGCUGAUAUUGCAAUGUCUGCUACAUAGGAAUUUUAUUAUUAAGGGGAACUAAACAAUAGCUGAGCAUUUCCUUGUGUGCUUAUCGAAAGCUGUGUAUCAGCUGCGAGUCAAGCCAUGACCUGAGAAACCAGAUGUGGUCAAACUUAAUUCUCCUUUUUUUUUGUUAGCGAUA